CCAUGUCGCUGGCUCAGGAUCAGGAUUUGUUGAUAUACAAGCUUCGUCUUGGACUGCUCAAUACACGCGAAUCUGUUGCUCAGCGCAUUGUAACGAUGCCUAAAAAAGACGAGUACGAAUACAUAUCUGCAAUGAUACCUCGCAUGGCUGCAUGCGCGGCUGUUCAGGAUGAUACGGGUGGAUCUACCUAUGGUCUUUUUCGACCUCAGAAUGGCCCCCGAAGAAAAACUAUGCAUUUUCAAGAGGCCAGUGGUCCUGAUCAUGAACAUAUAGGCUCCACUACUAUUUCUAGUCAUGCGGAUCUGACUAAGCGAUCAAAUGGCUCUUUGGGAACAAUAUUUCAAGGUGGUAAUUCCACAGCAUCUCGUGGGGCAUCUGUAGCUAUGGGUUCGUUUGCCAGACUUACUGACGAUCCCCAAUAUCAGCGCUCCGCCAUAGAAGGAUCGACAUCUUCUGCUGUUGCUCAACGCGGACUAGUAAAACUGCUAGAUUCUAUUUUACGACCCUGUCAAGCAUCUUCUGCUGCUACGACAACUGUUAUUCCUAGUAAUGCACCAUCUAGCCGAAAUCCCUUGGCUUCAACUGCUCUGCAAACAAUUCUGCAUACAACAUCGGAAAACUUUAAAGGGUUGGCAACUUCUCACAAAAACUUGCAUCAGGUGAAUCAUGUAGAGUCAACACCAUCAGUGAUUCAAAAUUUUAAUAUAAAAAGUACUACAACAAAUUCUGAUACUCUCCCCGUCGGUUCAACUACUUCUGUUCCUGUAGUACCAUCCACUCGUGUCACGACAAAAUUUCCUUGUCCACCAUCUCCAGUGGCAGCUGGACUACCAGAAGCUUCCGUUCCGAAACCUCCGGCUACCCAUGCAACAGAAAGGGUAUAUGAUAGACGUAAUGUUCAUGCAGACGGUGUCCGUGGUAAUUUUCAACGUAAUGCAAGUUCAUCUUUCAGUAAAGAUGAGCUUAAAAAAUCAGUACCCAAAGUACCCGCUACUUUAAGAUCACCACCUGCUAAAGAUCAAGCAAUACAUUGUAAUUUUCCUGAACGGCAAAGUCAUCAAAGAUCCAACUCUGAACCUGGAAAUGUCCGCACUGUGCAGCCUCUUCCACAUUGUCGUUCUUUUAAUAAUGAAAUUCCAGAGGAAAAUAUGGGCGGUUUGGAUAAUUCGCCUGACAGAGCCGAUUCUGUCAAAGCAGAAAGUACCCCACAGAGCUACCCAGUAUCAGUAGAACCAUCCGAAUUAAUUUUGGAAGAUCAGAUCCAUGACAUAUCUUUUGAAGCAAUUGAAGACCAGCUUUCAGCAGAGAACGACUCAACUGAAUUUGAGGAACAAGGAAUUGACUUGGAUGCUGUGAAACUGGUUGUUGUGCACAAUAAAACUGAUGCUCCUAGUUUGGAUGUCAACUCCGAGCAGACCAAUACGCAUAAAACCACAUCGUAUCCGGCUGGGGUUACAUCAACUAGCACCGCUAAAUCUAUACCUUUGGAUGCUACAGUAGCACAAGUCAUGCCCACUCCUAAUCCCGUGAUAACUUCUACUGAUCAACUCAAAGGAGCGCAGUCUGAAGCACAGGUAGCCGCUUCGAUAGUUUCUGUUGACAAAUCUGAUGAACAUUCCAAUCCUCUUUUAGGUGCAGCCACUACAUCGCAGAGUAUGUUUACAAAACAGUCUUUAUCACCUACAAAAGUCACGCAAUUUUCCUAUGGCAGUCAACUCAGUAUUGGUUCUUCGGAUCUACUUGAUUAUACCACACAACUACAUGAACAAAAACACAUCUCUGCUUUAUCUGCCAUGAUGGACAAAAAAUCCAGUAAAAUCAAUCCUUUUGCACAAACAUAUGCUAUUUUUAGCGGGAAAUCCGAUGGCAAUCCCAUGAGAUUGCAAAUGUUUCUACCAUUUAGUCAAGACCCACUCAAACCGCUUUUUGUGUCAGUAAAGCAAGACGCAUCUGUCGAAGAAGUGAUUGGAUAUACAUUGUUUGAGUACUUUGAUGCAGCACGACAGCCCAUUUUGCCAGAAAGUGCCUGGCUGAUAUCUAAUUGGAACUUACGGAUUGUUGAAGAUGAUGGAACAAUUGAUGACGACUUUCCAGCACUUGAUCGAGCGAGAAAGAUUCAAAAGUUUGCAUUUGACCGCUUUGCAUUGUGUGAAACCAUCCCAAUUGAAGUAGUCAACCCUAAUACUCAAGCUCAUGGUACACCCAUGGUAUCUCACUCCCAGGCUGAGGACGUAAAUUCUUCAGCAGGUAUCGAGACAGUUUCUGGAAGUGCAAGUACUGCUGCAACUGUAUAUCUCAAGGUGCAUCUCUACUCAACAUUGGAAGUCAAGCAAACCACCACCAUGCAAAUGCCUGUCAAUAUUCCCAUGUCAGAAGUAUUUGAUCUCAUCUGUCGCAAACGAAAAUAUGAUCCCAAAGAUUAUGUUUUAAAAAUGGCGGAUACAAAAACAGACGUGCAGUUGGACAAGACACUAGCGCAGCUUGAAGCUAUCGAGUUUUGUGUUUUAAAAAGAUCAAGUGGUGGAGCUGGAGAUAUCUUUUUGCGACCACCCGAUGAGCCUACGGAUGAGGAUGCAGACGACAGAUUGUUUUUAACAACCGAAGAUUUGAGAUCUGUUUACAAGCAAUAUUCUGUGAUUUAUAAGCAUCUUAUGGGUAGACACGAGCGUAACCUCACUAUCGAUGGUGAAUAUAUUCACUUGGUUGCUUCGGAAGGAAAGGCUUUGUUUGAUAUGGGAAAAACGACUAAUUCGUUUCAUGUUAGCGCUGUUGUAUCGUGCAAGCAAAUUAAAAAAAAGAGUGCCAAUUUCAAGCUAAUUGUUCGACGAAAUCAUGAUGCAAAAGUAUAUGAUCUUGAAGCUGUCAGCGAUGCAGAUGCUCGCAAUAUUUGCAUGCGAGUUACGGCUAUGCACCAAUUGAUACAGAUUUCCUCUGGCAUUGAGAAUUCCUGAAUGUCUAAUAGCUUGAAUUUUUGAUUUGCAUUUAUAUAAAAGUUCAAGUCAUGGCCAAGC